AUGGCUACUCGACCAGCAACCAAGGCCGGUAGUUGGUACGUGAGGGACCCCAAGGAGCUCGAGGAACAGCUUGAUGAAUACCUUGGGGAUGUGCCUGCAAAUAUUGACGGCUCUGCACUCCCCGUACCGGGAGCAAGAAUAAUCAUUGCCCCACAUGCGGGCUUUGACUACUCUGGACCCUGUGCCGCUUGGGCUUACAGCUGUCUCGACCUUAGCAAGGCCAAGCGAAUAUUUCUCCUUGGUCCAUCCCACACAUACUAUCUAUCCGGCUGUGCGGUAACCACAUUUGGGAAGUAUGCCACGCCAUUCGGCGACCUUGUCGUCGAUCGAGAGGCUAUAGAUGCUGUCAGGCAAGCGGGCCGCUUCGACACGAUCCCCCCACAGCGGGAUGCCGACGAGCACUCGCUCGAAAUGCACACCCCGUACAUCUACAAGACUCUGAAGAAAACCUUCGGAUCGCCUGACAAGUUCCCACCUAUUGUCCCCAUCCUGAUUGGUGAUAAUGACCGGGCCGAGGAGAAGCAAGCCGCGACUGCGUUUGUUCCUUAUCUCAAGGAUCCCGAGAAUGCAUUCAUCAUCAGCUCCGAUUUUUGUCACUGGGGUGCUCACUUUAACUAUAUGGUGUAUUCACCUGACAACGACCCUUCUAAUCUGAGAAAUCUACGGAGGAAUGAGCCAGCCCCGGUAGGAUCGCCAAUUCACGAGACAGUCCGUCUCAUUGACGAAGCUGCGAUGAACGCGGUGGAGAGCGGGAGCCACGAUGCAUUCGUUGACAACCUAAAAUUAACAGGAAACACGGUCUGUGGCCGGCAUCCAAUUGGGGUGGCUAUGGCAGGGCUGGAGCAUAUUCGUAAUGAGCAGGACGCCAAGGGAGAAGGCAAGUUCAAAAUCGUCCAGUAUCAGCGAAGCCAACUUGUCAAGUCGCCGAGGGAGUCGAGUGUCAGCUACGUCUCUGCAUAUGCCGUCCUGUGA